AUGGCCGUGAGGAACAUAUACACAUCACGUGAUGAAAGGCUGAUGUGGGAGCAUCUUUUUGAGAGUCUACAAGUUGGAGAUAAUGCAGCAUACCAACCAAAGGGACUUACAUUAUGGAAGAAGUUUGAAGUUACUCAAAAAACGAACAAAACUGCUUCAUCACUUGCUACCCAUUUUCGGAAGGUGAUGUAUGAUCAUAUUGAAGACGCAAACUUAACUGUGGAACAACAGCUGUACAUUGUAAAUCAGCUCAAUAUACCUUUAUCUAAACGUCAGCAAAGAGUGUAUACAUUUUUGAUCUUGCAUUACUUUUAA